UUUGUGGGCGUAUUUUACGACUACUCCAAUCACAUGCUCGAUUCAGUCAAGGUUGGGUUCAGUGCAGGGACAGAGGAACUGCAGCUGUCACUUAAAAAGCCCAGUUGUCCAUCCAGCACCAUGGGAAAGAAGAGUCGAGUGAAGACUCAGAAGUCGGGGUCAGGAGCCAUCGCUGUGGUUUCCCCCAAGGAGACGAUGAACCUAAUCUCUGAACUGCUGCAGAAAUGCAGCAGUGCAGCACCCUCUGCUGGUAAAGAGUGGGAGGAGUACAUCCAGAUCAGAGGCUUAGUUGAGAAGAUCUGCAAAAAACAGAAGGGUAUGUCAAUAGUGUUUGAGGGCAGCAGAGAGGACUACUUCCCAGACUUGAUGUCCUGGGCUCAAGAAAUCGGAGCUUCCUGUGAUAGCUUCACAGUUGCCAACUUUGGAUCGGAGGGCUACGGCCUGCGAGCCACCAGAGACAUCAAGGCAGAGGAACUAUUCCUGUGGAUUCCCAGGAAGAUGCUAAUGACUGUGGAAUCGGCCCAGAACUCUGUACUAGGUCCUCUGUACAGCCAGGACAGGAUUCUACAGGCCAUGGGCAAUGUGACACUAGCCAUCCACCUGCUGUGUGAGCGGGCCAACCCUGCUUCAUUCUGGCUGCCAUACAUCCGCAGUCUUCCUCAGGAGUACGACACACCGCUUUACUACCAGCAGGAUGAGGUGCAAGUGCUGCUGGGCACACAGGCAGUGCAGGAUGUCCUGAACCAGUAUAAAAACACUGCACGCCAGUACGCUUACUUCUACAAACUGGUACAGACUCACCCUGCUGCAAGCAAACUGCCCCUGAAGGACAGCUUCACAUUUGAGGACUACAGGUGGGCAGUGUCUUCGGUGAUGACCCGCCAGAACCAGAUCCCUACUGAGGACGGCAGCCGGCUUACUCUGGCCCUCAUCCCCCUUUGGGACAUGUGUAACCACACAAAUGGACUGAUCACCACUGGCUACAACCUGGAGGAUGAUCGCUGUGAAUGUGUGGCACUGCAGGACUACAAGGAGAAUGAACAGAUCUACAUCUUCUAUGGCACAAGAUCCAAUGCCGAGUUUGUGAUCCACAGUGGCUUCUUCUUCCAAGACAACGCCCACGACCGAGUGAAGAUCAAGCUGGGCGUCAGUAAGAGCGAGCGCCUCUACGCCAUGAAGGCUGAGGUGCUGGCUCGAGCAGGCAUUCCAGCGUCCUGUAUCUUUGCUCUGCACUGUAAUGAACCCCCCAUUUCAGCCCAGCUUCUGGCCUUCCUCAGAGUCUUCUGCAUGACAGAAGAGGAACUGAAGGACUAUCUGUUUGGAGAUCGGGCCAUCAAUAAGAUUCUCACCCUGGGCAACAGCGAGUUCCCUGUCAGCUGGGAGAACGAGAUCAAGUUGUGGACUUUCCUAGAGACUCGAGCUGCUCUGCUGCUCAAGACCUACAAGACCACCUCACAGGAGGACCGCUCUAUUCUGGAGAAACCUGAUUUGUCUCUUCAUUCUCGCGUGGCAAUCCAGCUCACCCUCGCUGAGAAACAGAUCCUAGAGAAGGCGUCUGCCAGUGGGCGGGCCAAACGUUUACACUUUGAGAAGAAGCUGGAGGAGGGGGCUCCGUUGCCUCUGUACGAGGAAAGCGACAUUGCUUUGCUGGAGAAUACUGACGCAGAUGCAAAACUUCCCCUCAUCUUACGCAAGCUGGAGGAGGUGGAAGAAGGCCAGGAGAUCCAUGCGGAGGAGCACAUUCAACUCCUGAAUGGGGAGAAGGCUGUGUAUGUUAUGGAUAUGGAGGCUAAUGGAGAAUCAUUGCAGAAGGAGACUCAGGAGAAGGUCAGCAAAGAUGCUAAUUCAGCUUUGGACUCAAUUAGGAGUUCAACCCAGAAAGGCCAAAGGGAAGUGGUCGAUCUAAAAGCCAGUCGAACUGAAGAUAAUCCCAAAGAGAAAAGUGAAUAAAUUGAUUUCACUUACUGCCGCAGCCGAUUCUAUUUAUUUUUUGUGUCUCUUAAAUGGCUCAGACAUACACAGUAGAAGCUGACGUUUUUUAAAUUUUCCGUCUGUAUCCAGCUGCUGAAAUUGUUUUAAAAUGCAGCCAGUGUGUCCCUCAGCCUUCUGUGCAAAAGAGCUUUUGACUAAAAGUAGCUUCUUUUUUAUGUUUGAAACUUAGAUUAACAUUUAAACAGUUGGAGGCCUCAUCAUAGAAAGAAAUCAAAGGGGGAAAUGCACGAACUGGUUCAAGCAAAUUGUUAGGUUAAGAGAAAAAAAACUAAAUGAAGUUAGGUGAAUGUUAUUACCACAAAGCCAAAAUUUGUCAAAAUCUUGUGAAUUGGUUGCUUUAUUACUGCAGUUUGUCUCCAUAUAUGUCCAUUAUGCUAUGAGUUGACAAUCAUAUUCUCUAGUGCAUUUUGGGGUGUGCAACUGAGUUACGAACAAUAACUGCCCUCUAUUCUCUUUUUCUGGAAAAUAAUUUGAAGCAAAAAAAUUAAAUUGACACAAAGAGCAGCAUAUUCCACGACAUACAUAAAAUAAAUACAUAAAUGGUAAAACAUAUAUAAAAAAACUGCAGCCCUUACUAGGAAACAAAUAAUGUGUUUUAUUGUGUGUUUUAAAUCAUUAUGAAUGUACUCAGUUUACAUUUCAGUGAUUAUCUGCGGAGGUCAUCAAAAGGGAAUGAUGAGUGACACAGUGAUCACUAAGAAAGCCAUAUGCAGCACUGCGGACUCAAUGAAAAAGAAGACGAUGACUAAGACGAUUAUUCGAGUUUUUGUUCAACUGCCUUAAAAUGAGGUAAUUUUAACAUGACACUUUUUGUAUG